UAAAAAUAACCUCAAAUAAAUUUUCCUUUAUUAAUACCAAGAUUUAAAGUUAAAACAUCAAAGAAUUACAAUACCGGGCCAGAUGUCGACAAUUUGCGAGUCAGUACGGAGGCAACACACCGCCAUGGAGAAGGAAGUGGUGAAUCGCCUUAUUUACUCAGUCAUCAAGUUCCUGCAGUCCCAGUUGGAGGCUAGUGGAGGUGGAGCAAGUGGAGGGCUGACGGAGGAGGGGGUGGAGAGCGUAGAGGUGGCCAUUCAGUGCCUUGAGACAGCAUAUGGAGUGUCUCUCUCACAGACUGACCUUGCCACUUCCCGCUCCAUCUACCAGAUUUUUGCCGAGGCAGUGAAGAGCGAGCCACCAGUUUUAGGGGAGAGGGCAGCCUCCGCCCAGCAGACAGAGGCCCCACCCCAGCAGGAGGCCAGCGAGGAGGAGAAGGCAGAGGCGGAGAAGCUUAAGAAUGAGGGGAACCAGUUGAUGCGCGACGAGAGGUUCAGGGAAGCUCUCGACUGCUACACAAGGGCGAUCAACAAGGACUCGUGCAAUGCCGUGUACUACUGCAACAGAGCGGCCGCCCACAGUAAGCUCAACAGUCAGCGUGAGGCCAUCGAGGACUGCAAGAGGGCACUGCAAAUUGAGCCUCAGUACAGCAAGGCAUAUGGCCGAAUGGGGCUGGCAUACUCGAGCCUCAAUGAGCAUCACCAAGCCAAGGAGUGCUACCAGAAGGCCCUGGAGUUGGAGCCAGACAAUGAGAGCUACAGAGGCAACCUGGCCAUCGCGGAGGAGAAACUACAAGCCGAACCACAGCAAGUUCCCGGAAAUGCCUUCGGGGGCUUUGGUGGUCCCGGCGGUCUACCAUUCGGUCUGGGGGGUCUGAGUGGUCUGGGGGGUGCUGGCGGACCAGAUCUGGGCAACAUUCUGAGCAAUCCGGCCCUUAUGAACAUGGCCACCCAGCUCAUGUCCGACCCCAACAUGCAGAAUAUGUUGAGUAAUUUCAUGGGAGUGAUCGCUGGUGGUGGUGGUCCUGGUGGUGGUGGCAUCCCUGGUGGUGGCAUCCCUGGUGGUGGCAUCCCUGGUGGUGGCAUCCCUGGUGGUGGUGCGAUCCCUGGUGGUGGUGCCAUUCCCAACCCCAACCCUCCUCCUCCACCGCCCCCCACUGCCCCAUCCCCCGGCCAGGGUGGUGCCCCGGGAGCUGGGGGGAUGGAGGCCCUGCUCAAUGCUGGCCGCCAGCUGGCAGAACAGAUGCAGAGUCAACACCCAGAGCUGGUAGAGCAGAUUCGCCAGCAGAUGAACCGAGGGGGGCGGGUAGUGGGCCAGGGGGGACGGAGGCAACCCACCGCCGCCCCCACAGAGCUAGCUUCCCAGCCCACACCUUCAUGCUGACCAUCAGACUGUGGACUCUUUGUUUUGUACACGACAGUUUUGUAUUGUUGUCAUGGCGAUGAGCAGGGAAACAUUACCUUCUGUCUGUCCGUUUUUCCUCAGCUGCAGUUCCCAUAUGCAAGUUUUUUUUCUCAGUUUUCAUGAUGAGAGAGCAAUUUUAAAAGUCUGUACUGGUUCAGAGUCUAAGUUAAUAAAUGAUAGGCCAGGUAACAUCUCUUGAAAUGGCAGUGACUUGUGAAGCAGAAGUUGGUGGUGUUUUUAAAGGGUCUUGUCUCAGAUACUCACAGCACGCCUGGUUACAAGUCAUUCCUGUACAUUUCCUCGUCCUGUCUCUCUCUCACCUCCCACCAACAGGCUGUAGUGGAAGUUAUUCAGUCUUCAGGAGUGUUUUUCAUGGUUAUAGUAAUAGUUAAACAAGGAUUCUGCACCAUCUGUAGGAAAAACACUCUUGGAAACGCGACUAAUUACAUCUGUGGUCUCUAGAUGAUCGUAAUGAGAGAACCAAUCAGUUAAAAACACAGGCAUUGAACUGACUUUGUAGAAAAUGCAUCAUGUUAUUCUUAUUUGGACCCUUCCUUGAUGUUUUGCAAUAGCCAUCACCCCAAGAAAUAAUGUGAAGGUAAAACAUAUAUCAACCUCUUCAGUUUAACCUAAUAGCGCAUGUGAAGAGUAUGCAAUAACUAUAUCUUACAGCUGCCUGGCUACUGUUGGGCUGGGCGGUAUUUUCCUAUAGUCAAACCACCACCAGUUCUUGUGUUGCUGCUUCUGCUAUGCCUUGGUUCCUGUUGUGUAAAUAAAGGAGGCUACAUGGCUUAUAAAUAAAGACAUCUUGAGAGCGUGGGGCUGCUGCUGCUGCUGCUGCCGUGGCCUCUACCUGGGUGCAAGACAUUCGUUAUCAAGUUUAUAUACAUUCAUCAUAAUAAAGUGGCAUUGUGAGGAGAUAUCUUCCAUAUUUCACCUUGAAGUUAUUGGUAGAUGCGUAGAAGUCUAGGUAAUUAGGCUUAACUUGGGGAACUGGAUCAUUUGAGGCAUUAGAAAAGUGUUUGAAGACUUUCUCCCUGUCAUUUGUUAAUCUAAAGGUAUACUGUGCUACUUGCAAGUCUGUCAUUUGGAAUAUUGUUGUAAAGAUCAUGUUAAAAUUGAUGUGAAUCA